UAUAAAGUAGCUUUUAUACUUUUUUUUACUUUUUUUUCUUUUUUUUAUAAAGUAGCUUUUAUAUUUUUUUUUACUCCCUCUCCUUUUUUUUUUAAAGUAGCUUUUAUACUCUUUUUUACUUUCUCUCUUUUUUUUUAUAAGGUAGCUUUUAUACUUUUUUUUACUUUCUCUCCUUCUUUUUAUAAAGUAGCUUUUAUACUUUUUUUUACUUUUUUUCCUUCUUUUUAUAAGGCAGCUUUUAUACUUUUUUUUACUUUCUUUUCUUCUUUUUAUAAGGUAGCUUUUAUACUUUUUUUUACUUUCUCUCCUUCUUUUUAUAAGGUAGCUUUUAUAUUUUUUUUUACUUUCUCUCCUUCCUUUUAUAAAGUAGCUUUUAUACUCUUUUUUACUUUCUCUUCUUUUUUUUAUAAGGUAGCUUUUAUACUUUUUUUUACUUCCUCUCCUUCCUUUUAUAAGGUAGCUUUUAUACUUUUUUUUACUUUCUCUUCUUCUUUUUAUAAGGUAGCUUUUAUACUUUUUUUUACUUCCUCUCCUUCCUUUUAUAAAGUAGCUUUUAUACUCUUUUUUACUUUUUUUUUUUUUUUUUAUAAGGUAGCUUUUAUACUCUUUUUUACUUUCUCUCCUUUUUUUUAUAAAGUGGCUUUUAUACUCUUUUUUACUCCCUCUCCUUCCUUUUAUAAGGUAGCUUUUAUACUCUCUUUUACUUUCUCUUCUUCUUUUUAUAAGGUAGCUUUUAUACUUUUUUUUACUUCCUCUCCUUCCUUUUAUAAAGUAGCUUUUACACUUUUUUUUACUUCCUCUCCUUCUUUUUAUAAGGUGGCUUUUAUACUCUUUUUUACUCCCUCUCUUUCUUUUUAUAAAGUAGCUUUUAUACUCUUUUUUACUCCCUCUUCUUCUUUUUAUAAGGUAGCUUUUAUACUUUUUUUUACUCUCUCUUCUUCU